UACUCCCCUCCCCUGCUUCACUCGCCACUCACCCAGCCUCUAACCCAACGUCACCCACAAUGAGCACCAUCAAGGCCGUUAUCCACGACACGGCGACCACAGCCUCAGUCCACGACGUGCCCAAGCCGACUCCCGGGCCGUCCGAGCUCCUCGUCAAAGUCUCGCAUGUGGGCCUGAACCCCGUCGACGCCAAGCUGGGGCAGCCGGGCUCGCGCGUCGGCUUCGACUUUGUCGGCGAGGUGGUCGCGCUGGGCGCCGACGCGCCGUCGGACAAGUUCAAGCCCGGCGACCGCGUCAGCGGCAUCGUGCACGGCUCGGCGCUGCCAAACCAGGGCACGGCGGCCGAGUACACUGCCGUCGAGGCGGCGUUCGCGUUCCACAUUCCCCAGUCGGUUGCCGACGCCGACGCGGUCACGUACGACACGUCGGCGCUCACCCCCGCCAUCGCGUUGUACGACAAGCUCGGCCUGCCCCUCCCGCCUGCGACGGUGCCCGGCUCGCCGUGGUUCCUCGUGUCGGGCGGCGCGACGACGGUCGGGCUCUUCGCGAUCCAGUACGCCAAGCGUGCAGGCCUGCGCGUGAUCGCGACGGCGAGCAAGCGCUCCGAGGCGCUCGUGCGGUCCUUUGGCGCCGACGUCGUCGUCGACUACCAUGACCCCCAGGCGGCGAUCGCGCAGGUCAAGAACGCGACGGCCGGCGGCGAGGUCGCGUACGCGUUCGAGGCGGCCGGCACGUGGGACAUUAUCCUCGGCAGCAUCAAGCCCGGCGCAAAGGUCUCCACCGUCACGGGCCCGCCCACGACGCCGCCCGCCGGCGUCGACAUCGCGCCCGUGUGGCUGCUUACCGCGUUCAAGACUGCCCCCGCAAUCUUCCCGUACAACGGCCGUGACGCCGCCGCGCUCGCAGCCGCCGUGGCUCAGCUUCCGGCGUUCAUCGACGCCGGCCUCAAGCCCAUCCCCGUCGACUUGCGCUCUGGCCUCGAGCGCAUUCCCGAGGGCCUGGACGAGCUCCGCGCGGGCAAGGUGUCGGGCAAGAAGCUCGUGUACAAGAUCUAGGGGAGACUAAGCUUGUUCCAGUUUAAGCAAGUGGCCGUUCACUGUUGCUACCUAUGACGUUGGACUCAAUGGCUUGAAUGUAUGAGAUCUGCGAGGCAGUUUGGCGGCUUGGCAAGACUGUGCGCCAGCAACGGGAUCACCAAUACGCU